CGCAGUUGCAUUGAAAACACAUYGGCUUCGUUCCGUACAUCGAACGCAAGGAAUUGCUGUUGCUGCCUUCUGCUUCGAAUCCUUUCUCGCAUCCGGUGGGAGCUCUGUCGCMAUGGUUCUCUUGAUUCGAAAACCGGCCGCGAUUUCCGCUGCCAUUCUCGUUCCGACCCUGGCGGUGUGGACCGCCAUUGCCAUUCUUUGUCGCAKUCCUUCCUGCCGUCACCACAGCUGCGGUUCUUUCCGGUACGGCGCGGAAGCCUUCUCGCUGUCGGYCGUGGGCCGGAGCUGCCUUCGCGGGCUGAGGAACCGGUUUCGGCCCUCCUCCACGGAGCACCUCGCGGAUCUCCUMGAGCUCUACGACGUKGUCCAGGAUCCGGGGUUCCUAGCGCAACCGGCACCGAUGUCGCCAUCGGCACCGGCGUCACUUUCGUCGUUGUUGUCGCGCGACUGGAGGUCGGCCUUCCGGGAUCUGGUCGAGGGGGUCAACGUCACCUCCGAGGGGGUGGUAGAGGGCCGGGGACUGAUCGCCAACCGGGACUUUUCCGCGGGCGAGGUGGUUGCGUUCUAUCCGUACGUACAGUAUUGCACGGUAUUCCUCCAAUAGGCUGCGGGAAAUUACAAUUGCACCCCGAGUGGUUGUCGUCCUGUUUGCCAACUCUUGUUGUUUUGCAUCGCUCCCUCUCCGCGCACAUUGUGAAACCUACAACAACAGCAUCCAUGCCAUUGGCUAUUCCGACGGCCGAUCGCCCCCGCGGGUUCACGAGCGAUCCGAGCGGGUCUACGGCAGCACCAGCACCACCGGCCCCACCGGCAGGACGGGCGGGAUCACCGGAACCAGCGACCUGGUGUACUUUGAGGACGAAUCGGACGUCUUUGGCGGGGAUUCUUGGAACGACUUUUCGUACGCCAUGACCGAUCCCUCCGGAAGGUACGCCUUCGACGUGAACCCGGGGCGGCCGAUCGACGAGCACGGCGAAAGCGACAGGCUCUUCGGAGCCCACUACGUSAACGAUGCGUGCUAUGCCGAUUUCUCUCCGAUCGUGGACGCCGCCAGGGAGGUCCGCAGGAAGGCCGCGGGAGCCGGGAGCGGCAACCCCGCGAACCGUGCCACCGCGGCCGGGAAGGAAGCCGARGCACUCGACGCCGCCGCGGUGCGAUUGGCCGUGGACUACUACCUGGGGGCGGCCGGCGUCACCGGCGCCGGGGACCCUGCCGCGGGGGACGGUUUCAACGUGGUCAUGUGCGGGUUCGGCCCGCCUCCCCUCAUGGCCUACGUGACCACAAAGGCCGUGCCGAGGGGCCACGAGUUCCUGGCGACCUACGGCCUCGGCUACUGGCUAGGAAAGGCCUUUUCCAACGAGCACGACGACGAGCACGAAAGCGUCCGCGAGCACGAGGAGUUCGAGGCGGCGCUCGGGGCCCUCGAGGGCCACCCCUCCGUGGUCCGGGCGUUCCGCCGGUGGGACGGAAUGGUGCAGGACGGCCUGGAGGCCGGGGACCUGGCCAUCGCGGCCCGCUGCGAACGACAGACCAGGCUCCUGUCGGACACCUUCGAGGCCCUCCGGGCGGAGGUCUCGAAGUCGAAGUCGAAGUCGAACCACACCACGGCGUCGGCGGUGGCAGUCGGUGCGAACAAGCCGGGGAAACGGGCUCGGUUGCGGAGCGGCAUUGCCAAGCUCGCAAAGGCGGCAUCCGCCGUCUGCAGGAGGAGGAUAACCUCUAGCUCCAAAGAAUAGACAACCGUGAAAACACGCAUUGC